GUUUACGGUUGCUCCGCUUUUCACCCCUUGGCCCUUUGCCAUGGCGCGCAGAGAGCGGCGCGCCAAGCGGAUGGCAGAUUGGUAUGGACUUGCCGUGGAAGGUGAGCGCGGCGCUGCGGCAAAGAAGCAGUGUGUUGCGCGAGCCGAAGAGGUCGCUGAGAAGCUUCCUCCAGGAGCUGCGAAAGGUCUGCAAAAUGCAGCACCUUCAGGCCCGGAAGGCAUUGAUCCAAUAACCAUGGAGCGGCUUCUGAGCCAGGUGCAAAAAGGUGGUCCUUCGGUACAAAACGAAGCGCUCGUCGCAGUGACAGGCCUUCCGCCACAGCAUGCGGCAAAGCUCUUGGAGUUUGCCCUUGAGAAGUCCAAGGAGCUACGGGACCCGUCGAUGUAUAUGGUGUCCACGGUGGCAAGGGGCUUCAAGCCCAGAUGGCACGAAAUGGUGGAGGCCUCUGUCCCUUCCAAAGGAUGGUUCGACGCGUUGCAAAGACGCAAGGAAAAGGCGUACAACUUGAGCUGGCGCAAGAUCGAAAGCCGCACAAAGCCAGGAGUGUUCUACUGGGAGAAUUUUCACACAGGCCAGAGAUCAGUGGACGACCCGCGACGUCCGGUUUCUCCUUCCCCUGUGCGUGGUGGCAUGGGCAAAUGAGACCUGUGCGCGCUAGUGAGAAAUGCGCCGGUGCUUUUCAUCCGCAACGAAAUGUUACCAAAAGGUCCCUGCCACAUAUAUAUAUAUACACAUGCACACCGUGUUGAAGUUGUGACGCAACGCAUUUUCUUUGCAUGGAACGAUCAUAUCUGCAGCAGAUUCCACAGGUGCUUCACUCCUCGACAGAAACGAUCGUGCUCAUGGCAUUCAAAGCAAAAAGGGCAUGGAUGAGUUGGCAUUGACAGUAGGUCGCAGUACACCUGCCACUGGUUGGGCCAGGUUUGUAUCCUCAUGGAGGUUCCUUAAGAAGGAUGAGGUGAAACCAACCAAGAAUGCCGCGCAACUCGGUGCUUUUUGGUAGGCGAAGGAGGACAACGAACCUUUCUGAGCUCUUUGCAAUGAUCUGACAUUGAGACAAAACUUUGUUGGUCCCCCCCAAAAACCGCUACUGAUGUGCAUCUGAUGAACAAGCCCCCCUUCAAAGAGCUGACUCAGAUCAGCUGAAGCCAUCUAAGACUCCAGACUAGGGUUCGGAAGUGCCUGUUGUUUUCGCAGAGAGGUGGAACCGGAGGAACCCGGAGGAACCCUAGUGGAUCCUUUCGGUCUCCUGGAACGGAACCAUGGCAGUUGUCUUGUCUUUUUGGCGGAGGGCAGCUUGGCUAGUUCUUGAUCUGGCUCCAGGAUCUUGGUUGGAGAUGUCCUGUGGGACUAAACGUUUGCUGAGCGCAUCUUGCGACUGACACCUAAGAAGUCCCUUCUUGCUAGCAGACAGUUUAUUCCUUGAAGGUAGACUCAGACCUACUGUUGGCGGAAGAAAUCGGAAAGCCUACUAUUUAUGCUGGUCCAGGAUUUCCUUCAUCAACAGCAUGGACCGACAUUUCGCCAACCAAGAGACUUGAUGAAGCUCUGAGCGCCAACCUGCUGAGCCCAACAGCUAAUUGUGGGGCUUUGACAUGCCGCGAGGGACUCCGCCACUAGCAUGUGACACUGCGC